AUGACAAGAGGAACAUUGAAUUUCGUGACUUCUCCAAUGAAUGCAGGCAAGACAGCAAACAUGCUGCUGAGGGCGAGGCAUGCUGCCACCCUCGGGCGAAGGGUGUUGCUUGCAAAGCCACUGUCUGACACCAGGCACGAAAGCUCAGUGAUAAGGUCGCGAUGUGGGAUUGAGAUGAAGUGUGACCUGUGUGCCGGACCCGAGUUCAGCUUUACAAAAGACGUUUUGUAUGGAGACGUCGACAUUCUACUUGUGGACGAGGCACAGUUUCUGAGCUCCAGGCAGAUAGACGAGCUUCGGGAGGUUGCAGAUGUCCAUGGAAUUCCUGUAUGGUGCUACGGGCUUCUUACGGACUUCAAGAAGAAUCUGUUCGAAGGAUCGAAGCGCCUAGUUGAGCUGUGCGACAAGAUGAUCGAACUUGACAUUGUAUGUUAUUUCUGCAAGGCGGAUGGGAGGUUUCAUCUGAAGUAUGCCAAUGGAAAGGCUGUUGUGGAAGGGCCCUCCAUCGACAUCAGUAUACCCGGGGAUGGAAAGUUUGUUGCGGUGUGCCACAUGUGCUGGACAGAAAAGACAUCGACGUCCGAGGAAGUGCAAGACCCCAGGGUCCUUUGUGCCAAGGUCAUCCCGGUAGAUAGAUAA